AGAUGUUUCAGUCACAUUUCAGCCGCUGCUCUGAGAAUUUAUUGUGAGCAGCCCCUAACAGGCUGUUACUUCGCUACAACUGACGAUAUGAUCAUCUUAAUUUACUUAUUUCUCUUGCUAUGGGAAGAGGCUCAAGGAUGGGGAUUCAAGGAUGGAAUUUUUCAUAACUCCAUAUGGCUUGAACGAGCAGCAGGUGUGUACCACAGAGAAGCACGGUCUGGCAAAUACAAGCUCACCUAUGCAGAAGCUAAGGCGGUGUGUGAAUUUGAAGGUGGCCAUCUUGCAACUUACAAGCAGCUAGAGGCAGCCAGAAAAAUUGGAUUUCAUGUCUGUGCUGCUGGAUGGAUGGCUAAGGGCAGAGUUGGAUACCCCAUUGUGAAGCCAGGGCCCAACUGUGGAUUUGGAAAAACUGGCAUUAUUGAUUAUGGAGUCCGUCUCAAUAGGAGUGAAAGAUGGGAUGCCUAUUGCUACAACCCACAUGCAAAGGAGUGUGGCGGUGUCUUUACAGAUUCAAAGCGAAUUUUUAAAUCUCCAGGCUUCCCAAAUGAGUACGAAGAUAACCAAAUCUGCUACUGGCACAUUAGACUCAAGUAUGGUCAGCACAUUCACCUGAGUUUUUUAGAUUUUGACCUUGAAGAUGAUCCAGGUUGCUUGGCCGAUUAUGUUGAAAUAUAUGACAGUUACGAUGAUGUCCAUGGCUUUGUGGGAAGAUACUGUGGAGAUGAGCUUCCAGAUGACAUCAUCAGUACAGGAAAUGUCAUGACCUUGAAGUUUCUAAGUGAUGCUUCAGUGACAGCUGGAGGUUUCCAAAUCAAAUAUGUUGCAGUGGAUCCUGUAUCCAAAUCAAGUCAAGGAAAAAACACAAGUACUACUUCUACUGGAAAUAAAAACUUUUUAGCUGGAAGAUUUAGUCACUUAUAAAAAAAAAAAAAAAAAAGGAUGAUCAAAACACACAGUGUUUAUGUUGGAAUAUUUUGGAACUCCUUUGAUCUCACUGUUACAUUAUUAUUAACAUUUAUUUAUUAUUUUUCUAAAUGUGAAAGCAAUACAUAAUUUAGGGAAAAUUGGAAAAUACAGGAAACUUUAAACGAAAAAAUGAAACCUCUCAUAAUCCCACUACAUAGAAAUAACAAGCGUUAACAUUUUCAUAUUUUUUUCUUUCAGUCAUUUUUCUGUUUGUGGUAUAUGUAUAUAUGUACCUAUAUGUAUUUGUAUUUGAAAUUUUGGAAUCUUGCUUUAUGUACAGUUUUAUAUCAUACUUUUUAAAUCUUGAACUUUAUAAACAUUUUCUGAAAUCAUUGAUUAGUCUACAAAAACAUUAUUUUAAACAGCUGUAAAAUACUCUAUUGAUAUGAAUGUUUUAUACAUUAUUUAAGCGUAUCUCUAUUGUUGGAAUUUCAGGUUGUUUUCAUAAAUGUUGUUGCAAUAAAUAUCCUUGAACACACA